UCUCGCUCUCCACCGCCCGCCCUGCUUCUUCCCCCACAUACAACACCGCUGCUGAUUUUCUGAGACCGCUGUAGUUGACCUGCUGCCGUUGAGCAUCUGCUUUGCUGCUCUUCUGCGCUCUUAGUCUCUCUCUCAGCGUCGGGCAUCUGCUAGACCCCCGGGCCACUACAUCCCACCCCCAUGGCGCAGAGCUCGUCGCAACAGCUGCAGAGCCCGAUAAGCAGCGGCGCCCACGAGCCCGGCUCGCCACCCCCGAAUCUCAACGUCGUGACCUUUCCGAAAUCAAUCGCGAUGGCAAUCGACCGCUCCCGGCGCGCCAGCCACGACGGCGGCUCGCCGCUGACCUCGCACCAGACCCCGGACGCGAUGCUGUCGUCGACGCUCGAGGGGCUGACGGAUUACUUCCGCAAGCCGUGUUUUGUGCACUCGCGGCUGGACGACGCGGUUGACGUGUCUGCUGCGCUGCGGGAGUUCUCGGCAGACUCGUUCUCGCAUCUCUCGCACUCGUCGCUCGUGCAGACCGCCACGGGCGUGCGCGAGCUCGCGAAGCGGAUCGGACAGGCGACGAUCAAGGUCAACCUGCGGUCGGUCCUGAUCGUGACCAAAGCGCGCGACAACUCGCUUAUCCUGCUGACGCGGCAACUUGCCUCGUGGCUGAUUCUCACGCGCGGAGUAUGUGUGUACGUCGACGCGAAGCUGCGGAUGUCGAAGCGGUUCGAUGCCGCGGGCCUGUUGGCGAGCGAUGCGCGGCUCGAGUCGAAUCUGCGGUACUGGACGCCCGAGCUCACGCGGUCGAUGCCGGAUCUGUUUGAUCUCGUGCUGACGCUGGGCGGCGACGGUACGGUGCUCUACACCUCCUGGCUGUUCCAGCGGAUCGUCCCGCCCGUGCUCGCGUUCUCGCUCGGCUCGCUAGGGUUCCUGACGAACUUUGCCUACAAAGACCACCAGGCGCAUCUCAACCGCGUCUUUGACGAGGGCUUCAACGUCAGCCUGCGCAUGCGGUUCACAUGCUCGGUCUACAAAGGCGGCCACCAAACCGAGACCUUCGAGGUCAUCAACGAGAUUGUCAUCGACCGCGGCCCGUCGCCGUGGAUCUCGAUGCUCGAGCUCUACGGAAACAACCAUCUCCUCACCGUCGUCCAGGCCGACGGGCUGAUCCUCUCGACCCCGACGGGGUCAACCGCAUACUCCCUCUCCGCCGGCGGCUCGCUCGUGCACCCGGAAAUCCCCGCAAUCUCGGUGACCCCGAUCUGUCCGCACACGCUGUCGUUCCGGCCGAUGCUGCUUCCGGACAGUAUGCUGCUGAAAGUGAGCGUGCCGCGCGGGGCACGGAAUACGGCAUGGGCGUCGUUUGACGGGAGACACAGGGUCGAGCUAAAGUCGGGAGACUACGUCACCGUCACGGCGUCGCAGUACCCGUUCCCGACGGUGACGGCGGGGCCGAUGGAUUAUAUCGAGUCGGUCAGUCGGACGCUGAAAUGGAACGUGCGGGAGCAUCAGAAGCCGUUCAAUGAGUCUUCGGAUGAGGAGGACGUGAAUUUUGAUGAUGAUAUCGACAUUGAUUUAGAGGUAGACCAACCUUCGACCGACCUCACCACUACCGCUACCUCCUCAACCUCAACCUCGACCUCCGACAAAACAGCAACGACAAGCACCACCGCCGCCGCCGCGGCACCCGGCAAAACCAGCAUCACGAGCCACCAGCUAAAAGUAGACUAUGACUGGGACGUGGACGACAGCGUGUUUUUCAGCAGCAGCUCGAGCAGCACGAUGCUGAGCGGGAGCGCGAGCAUAAGCACGCCGCAGUCGACCGCGACCACGGGCUCGUCUAGUCCGCUGCAUAAGGAGUUUUCGUAUCUGAACCUGGAUCGGUGACGAGAUGGUUUUUUUCAUAAGUUGCAUAGGUUUUACAGGGUUGUUGUUGCUUCAUGUUUUUAGUCUGGUUGUGGUUUGGCGUUACGUUUGUGUUGUUUUUUAGAGUAGAUGGAUGCAUGCAUGGAAUAUAAUCACGUAUAUAAGCAUGAGGAUAUG